UGCGCUGUGUGUAUAAAAGCGUGCACGAUGCGUGGUACCUGUAUGAGGUGGUAUAGCGAGAGCUUGACUUUGGAAUACACAAGUAUGUGAAUGAUAAAAAAAAAAGAGAAGAGAAGAGACUGGAUCCGCGUGUUGAUGUGUGUGUGUGCGCGCAUGUAAAGUGGUAUUAUACACGCUACGCAUAUGCCAAGUAUGUAGUACGCCCCGAUCAAGGCCUCGCAUAUAGCCGCCGCCGCCGCCAAGCGAGUAUAGUGACAGAGAGAGAAUGAAUUUCGACAAGUCCCUCGGCACAUGUGACAAUACGAUAUAAGACGCCGCCGCCGCGUAGCGUGUGCUGUUGUCUCUGCUGCUGCUGCUGCUGCUGCUGCUGCACCACUUGUGUAUGCAGUUCUCCAUAGCGAUACACUUGUAUACUGCUUAAAGUCCCAAAAGAAUCAGUUUGUACAUUGACAGUGUCGUGAAAGUAUACGGUUGUCAACAUGUUUGCCAAAAAGAAAAAGAAGCCUCAGAUAUCCACGCCGACCAACUUCGAGCACAGAGUGCACACGGGAUUCGACAAGCGAGAGGGAAAAUUUGUGGGACUACCUCUGCAGUGGGCAUCCAUCGUUGGAAACAAUCAGAUCCUUAAAUCUACCAAUAGACCAUUACCACUGGUGGAUCCUAGUGAAAUUACCCCUACAGAGAUAUUGGAUCUCAAAACCAUUGUACGAGGUCACAAUGACGUCAGAUUGGUCAAGUCGGCCAUGGAGGAGCGUCCAGAGAAUCACUUGCCCAAAGUCAGUAGCGUCGCCAGGUCCAAUUCGCUCAGAUCGUCGAGUCCUCCAAGGUUGAGGAAAGAUUACAGAAAUAAUGCUAACUUGCCUCCAUCCGUGCCAGAAGGUCAAGAAAUGUCCGUGAAUCCUGUGUCAAUGCAAGUGUAUCCCAAUAACAACAAAGCUCAUGGGUAUAACGACAAAAUGAGGCCUAGUUCUACUAGUUCUGGUUCUGCAUUACCUAAUUUAGGCCAUAAUAUGAUUCCAAAUUUACAAAACAUGAAUCCUAAUAUGCAGUCUUCACCAAGCUUGCCUCACAUGGGACCUAGUGCACAGAAUUUGUCAAUGAAUUUCCAGAAUUUAAGCCCCAUACCAAAUGUGCAGAGUCCAUCAAGUGCAAACGUUCCACAGAUGCAAGAUGAUUUCCAUAGAGUAACUCCAACAGUGCCUCCUGUAAUUCCUAAUCACUACAAUGGUAAUAUGAAACCACCACAGAUCAAUCAAGUUCCAGUAUCACAAAAUAUGAUGAUGCAUCCUCCUAAGGUUUCACCUGUUGGUUCAAUUGCAUCACAACGUCCAUUGAGCCAAUUAAGCUCGCACAAUAUUACUAAACAUGCUCAAAGUUAUGGGGUUCAAGAAAAUCCAAAUUACCAUUCGCACUUGCAGAAUAAACCUAUUGAAUCUUCACAGUCAAUGCAUAAUCUUUCAAAGGCUGCUGCUCAAGUAGCAAUGCCUGGAACAAUUCCUGGAGUUAGUUCUUCAACAGACCAAAAUCAGAAUAUGAAAGGAGCUAUGUCUUCUGGCAAUUUGGUUCACGGUGCUGCAGCAGCUGCCAACAAUGCUGCUAAACAGAAUUCAGAUCAACGACUGUCUCAUGAGCAAUUUAGAGCUGCACUACAGAUGGUGGUAAGUAGUGGUGACCCACGAGAAAACCUCGAAAAUUUUGAAAAAAUUGGUGAAGGUAGUACAGGCACCGUCUGCAUAGCCACUGACAAAGCAACUAAUCGUCAAGUUGCUGUUAAGAAGAUGGACCUACGUAAACAGCAGCGACGCGAGCUUCUUUUCAAUGAAGUCGUAAUCAUGCGAGAUUAUCAUCAUCCGAACAUCGUUGAAAUGUACGAUAGUUUUCUGGUCAACGAUGAACUCUGGGUCGUCAUGGAAUAUCUCGAAGGAGGCGCCCUGACUGACAUAGUAACAAAUUCACGAAUGGACGAGAGUCAAAUAGCGACGGUUUGCCUUCAGUGCCUUAGACCUUUACAGUACCUGCACUCUCAGGGUGUCAUUCAUCGAGAUAUUAAAUCCGAUUCCAUCCUGUUAACUUCGGAUGGUCGAGUCAAGUUGUCAGACUUUGGAUUCUGUGCUCAAGUCUCUCAAGAACUGCCCAAACGAAAAUCUCUAGUUGGUACACCUUACUGGAUGAGUCCUGAAGUUAUUUCAAGAUUACCAUAUGGUCCCGAAGUUGAUAUUUGGUCCUUAGGUAUAAUGAUAAUUGAAAUGGUCGAUGGUGAACCACCAUUUUUCAAUGAACCCCCGCUACAAGCCAUGCGUCGAAUUAGAGAUAUGCCACCACCAAAGUUGAAAAAUGCAAAUAAGGUAAGCCCAAGGCUACUGAGAUUCUUGGAGAAAAUGUUGGUUCGAGAUCCAGCGCAUCGAGCUACUGCUGCGCAAUUAUUGGAAGAUCCGUUUUUGAUGCAGGCUCAGAGCCCCAGUAUUCUCAUUCCUCUUAUUCAAGAGUUUAAAAUACCUGCCAGAAAUUGAAAUUUCAGAGCUUUUAUUCAGGUGUGGAAAAUGUAAGAAGUAAAGGAAUUGAUUUCUUUCGCAUUGAAAGAGAGUAACCGGAAUUAGCAAAAAAGUGGAUAAUCAAGUUACUUGACCAAGUAUAUGUGUCACGAUUACUAGUAAUUUUAGCGAUAGAAAAUUAUCUAAUUGUUAUUCAAUUAUGCGAUCUAGUAGUAUUACAAAACUGAUUUCAUAAGUUUAUUUAAUAUUUAAAUACUACAAGGAGCCGAUGAAACUUAUAAUAAGUGCCUUUAAAAAAUUACCUCGUUAAUUGGGAAUUGUACAAAUUGCGUCGUUUCCAUUUUAUGGUAUUGACGUUGUAAAAUGAAGCUUACUGAAAUUCAUGGAAUUUCAAACUCCGUGAAUAGGAACUUGAUUAGUGAAAUUUUCAAGAUGUUAAGCUACGAUUAUCUACUCGUUUUGGGGAUAAUCCACAUUUAUAAAAUUGUAUUUUAUCACUGUCAUUGAGCUUUUACAGUUUUGAUGCGUUUCAUAAUCUACUCGUCGAGUAUCUAAAUGAGCUUCGACUUCCGUGAUCGUUAAUCAGUACUUAGCAUUUAUUUUUUAAACGAUUUAUAUUGCACCUGAAGUUCUCAGAUCACGAAAAGGAAUCUUCAACUUCACUCUUUACUGAAUUUAAAGAAUCUGUAUUAUUUUUUUUUACAAAUAUUUCUCAGAAGAAAUAAAACCGAUUGACCACAGAAUUUUACAUUCCGCAAUGAAAAUGAGCAUGUGAUAUUUUAGUUGACAAAUUCAUUAUGAUAAACGAGAUAGAUUUUUGUACUGUUUCACAAGUAUAUUUUGUACUACUUAAAAGUUACAAUAUUGUAUUCUUUAUACAAUCAUAUUAUCGCGUGUGAAUCGUUAGUUCUUUCAAGUCGCAAAUGAAACUUUAAUUUUCUGUACAAGAAAUCGAGUUAUUUGCUUGACUGUAAUCUUGCCUUGAUUUCACAUUCGUCUCUAGAGCAUUUAAACACUGUAUUGACCGCAACUUGAAGUGAUACUGCAACGUAUUAAAAACAAGAUGUCAUGUAAAUAAAAAUAUGAAGAUUUAUUUAGAGCGCGUUACGAAGACUAAAAAAAUGUAUAGAACUUAACAAUUAUUGUUUCAUACUUAGGCAAUACUAAACUUAAUUUUAAACAAGUUUACAUCUUAGAUUUAUUUAAGACGAUAUUUUUAAAAAUGAAGCAUUUUAUUAGUACGUUGUUAAAAGUGAUUUGCUGUAUAUUUUCGUAUCUUACAAAUUUAAAUUUGUAUAAUUUUUGUCAUACUUCACAUUCUGUUUCGUUAUUUAUUGUAAAAACAGAACGAGUUAAUGGAUUAAUUAUUUGGAGUUGACGAAGAGUUUUUUUACGCAGAAUAUGCGUAAGACAAUUAAAUACUUACGUAAACUCGUGAUACUCGUGAUGGUAGUAAUUAUUACCUUUAUUCGGUAAAACAUUAUUACUGUAUUUAAUUGAUUUAUCAAUAAGCGCAGAAAAGAAGUAAAAUAUUAAUCAUUAUAGUUUAACGUUGAAAGCUGUAUAUAAUUUUGCUUCACUUUGAACGAGUGAAAGAGAAAGAAAAAUCAUGUUAUGUAAGUGUCAAUGAAUCUAAUAAAUUGUUUGAUGCAUAUAA